CCCCGCUGGCCGACGCUGGCGGCGUAAGGCGCGCGGGCCCUGGAGCGGGCGCGGCGGAGUGGUGAGCCCGGCCCUCCCGCCGAACAUGCCGAGGCCAGCUCCGGCGGCGCGGGAGCCGGAGCAGGGGCCCGAUCGGGCGCCGGAGUCCGAGCCGAAGCGCGAGCUCGUGCGGGGCCCGGAGCGGAGAACGCCGCGCUGCUGAGGCCGGCUACCGCCGCCCGCGGGCCCCAGGCAGAGCGCAGCUGGGCGCCACAAGAUUUGAGGCGGUGGGACCUGUCCGCAGAAUGUCUCCUCUCCCUGCAAGAGACCCCAAGGCCACCAAGAUGAGCACUGCGACUGGGCCCGCAAGUGUGGCCAAGUGUCACUAGCCGGGAGCCGGGAGGCCACCCACCGCUGGCGCAAUGGUGUACUAGCGCAGAGCGGUGACCUCAGGUUUUGCAGACUCAGGAUUGAACGGAGCAGAGUCACCGUGGAGAGGCCAGGGUACCACAAACUUAUGGAUUUUGACAAGAAAGGAGGGAAAGGGGAGUUGGAGGAGGGCCGGAGAAUGUCCAAGACUGGUGGGGGCCGGAGCAGCCAUGGCGUUCGGAGCUCAGGGACCAGCUCGGGGGUCCUGAUGGUGGGCCCCAACUUCCGAGUCGGCAAGAAGAUAGGCUGUGGCAACUUCGGGGAGCUUCGCCUAGGAAAGAACCUCUAUACAAACGAGUACGUGGCAAUCAAACUGGAGCCCAUAAAGUCCCGGGCCCCACAGCUGCACCUGGAGUACCGGUUCUACAAGCAGCUCAGCACUGCAGAGGGCGUCCCUCAGGUCUACUACUUUGGCCCGUGCGGAAAGUACAACGCCAUGGUGCUGGAGCUGCUGGGUCCCAGCCUGGAGGACCUGUUCGACCUAUGCGACCGCACCUUCACACUGAAGACGGUGCUCAUGAUCGCCAUCCAGCUGAUCACUCGUAUGGAGUAUGUGCAUACUAAGAGCCUCAUCUACCGUGAUGUGAAGCCUGAGAACUUUCUGGUGGGGCGCCCAGGAACCAAGCGGCAGCACGCCAUCCACAUCAUCGACUUUGGGCUGGCCAAGGAGUACAUCGAUCCUGAGACCAAGAAGCACAUCCCGUACCGGGAGCACAAGAGCCUGACGGGCACUGCACGUUACAUGAGCAUCAACACGCACCUGGGCAAGGAGCAGAGUCGCCGUGACGACCUAGAGGCACUGGGCCACAUGUUCAUGUACUUCCUGCGUGGCAGCCUGCCCUGGCAGGGGCUCAAGGCCGACACGCUCAAGGAGCGGUACCAGAAGAUUGGGGACACCAAGCGGGCCACACCCAUCGAGGUGUUGUGCGAGAGCUUCCCAGAGGAGAUGGCCACAUAUCUGCGUUAUGUGCGCCGCCUGGACUUCUUUGAGAAGCCGGACUAUGACUACCUGCGGAAGCUCUUCACUGACCUUUUCGACCGCAGCGGUUUUGUGUUCGACUAUGAGUAUGACUGGGCUGGGAAGCCCUUGCCUACACCCAUUGGUACAGUCCACACCGACCUGCCCACCCAGCCUCAGCAUCGGGACAAAGCCCAGCCACACAGUAAAAACCAGGCGCUGAACUCCACCAACGGAGAGCUGAAUGCAGAUGACCCCACAGCUGGUCACUCCAAUGCCCCCAUCACGGCCCCUGCAGAGGUGGAAGUGGCCGAUGAUACCAAGUGCUGCUGUUUUUUCAAGAGGACGAAGAGAAAAUCGCUGCAGCGGCACAAGUGACCUGGGCUCACACAGUUGUGAACCUUCUCCAUGCAGGCCCUGGGGGCGUGCUUGACCAGGAGACUUGCAGGGCCAUUCUCAGUGGCCUAGGGCCAGAGCCUGGCUGAAGCCAGGGUACUGACAGAGGAGCCACAGGGGCCCAGAGGGACCCACAGGCUCCCACCCCCUGGACGUGGGGUCACUUCCUUCACGUAAGACUUUGGCCGAAAUUUCUACACCUGUGUUUAGUCCUCCCCUCCGAGAGCAUUAACUAUUUAAAACAAGGAAAAAGGAACAAAGCAGAGGCCCGCCCUGUGCCCGCCCCUCCCGCCCAUCUGUGCUGAAGUGCGUAGUGUGGCCCCAGAGGCGCCCAGGCUGUGGCCCGCUCCAUUAGCCUCAUAAAGUCCAGCUUGUCUCCCUCGAUCCAAAGGCCGUUUUCUCGAGGGGGGGCAGGCCCAGCCCUGGAGGGGCUCUGGGGCCAUCUUGUGGCAUCCAGGAGGGGUUCAAGCAUUGCUGCCAGGGUGAGGCCAACUCUGGCCUCCCCGAAACCAAAGGGGAAGGUGGGGUAAGGCCAUAGCCGUGGCUGAAACCAGCCCCGCAACCAAAAUGCUGCACCAAAGCUUGACGCUGGGCGCAGCCACCACAGUCCUUCCCAGCCUGGCCUGCAGAGUGGGUGCACCUACUAGAUGGGUGCUUCUUGACCCACCUGCUCCUGGAGGCUGUGCCCAGGCAUCUUGGACCAUGGGGAUAGUCACUGUACCCCUGCUGGGCACAUGGGCCGCCUGGGCCCCUGCCUCACCCUUGUGGCCGUAGCCUCUGGUCUCCAUGCCUGCCUAGGAAAUGCUGGAGACAAAUCGCCUUAACGCCUCCGCCCAGCCCCGCAGGUGUGUGUGCGGGGCAGAGGGUAGUGGCAUGGUGGUGUACCUCACAGUGUGGUGGGGUGCCCUCUGGUUCCUCCAAAGGCGGGUGGGACAAAGGCACCUGGGUGUCCCCAGGGCAGUGGUCGUUGGAGCAUAGUUUUUGCUUUACAAAGUGUACAGAAAUGGCAUUUACGUUUCUCUGACGCUUCCUUGAAGCCAUAGAAUUUAGGGGCUUUUUUUAAAAAAAAAAAAAAUUAAAAAAACGA